GUCGCCUCGACCAGUCCAACCUCUCGAAAGUCAUGGCCUACUUGCCGGCCUGCAGAAAUAUCCUGCUUAAACAAACAGAGGAGAAGGUUCCCGCCUUGUUCGCCCUACCGGACCGCAGAUUUGUGCACAAACAAACACAGGGCACUCCAUCCAGAAAACGCCUCGCACGCACCCUAGAGCCCAAGUCCAACAAGAGGGGUGGCCCCAGCGGCCGACUCGAGGUCGCGCCCAGGACCCAGGACCCCCCGCGCGCGUCCUUCGUCCGCGACACCGUCCCGCACGAGGGCCGCGACGCCGUCUCGCAGAGCCGAUACCGCACCGAGCCGCUCGGCACGCGGCCUCCGUCGAGGGCUGAGCGCUCGGGGACGCAGCGGGCGCUUGCGGCGCAGGCGCACACGGAGCGCGAGGAAAGGAGGGAGGAGCGGCGCGCUAGAGAGUUGAAGGAGUUGAGGGAGGCGCAGCGGGCGAAGGAGAAGGAGAGGGAGAAGGAGAGGGGGCGGGUGCGUCGCGGUGAUGGUGCUGCUGGUGCUAGUGCCAGUAACAUUGCCGUGGCCUCUGGUUCGGGUGCGGAUCUCAGCGGCACCCGCGCGGGCCAGAUGUUGCAGGACGAGCUCGACUUUUCGACUUCUGUGCCAGCAGCGCGCGAUCUGCCGAGAGACUUUACGUCGCCGCCGCUCAUGGAGGGUCUGUUGGAGUCGGUGAAGGAGGCGUUGACGGCCGACGCACGGCCGACGCCGAUUCAGGCGCUAUCGCUCAAGCAUUUGUUCAAGGCGCCCAAGGCAGUACAGGCGGAUGGUCAAAGCCAGGAUCAGUGGAGACAGUACCUCCUCGCAUCUGAAACAGGCUCCGGAAAGUCGAUCGCAUAUCUUCUACCUAUGCUACAAGACCUCAAGCGCGCCGAGCUCGCUGGCCCCGCUUCCCCUUCCUCCUCGUCCGCAGACGACGACCAGCCCCCGAUGAACCCGCGCGCCAUCGUCCUCGCACCGACACACGAGCUCUCGCGCCAGCUCGCGGUGUUCGCCAAGUCGCUCCUGCACAACAUCAAGCUGCGCGUCGUGUGCGCCUCCCGCGCGAACACGCCGAGCAGCGCGCCAACGCGCGCUCUGUCGCGCCACCGCAGCGCGUCCAAGAUGGCGAGGGACUUUGAUGGCGUUGUGUUUGACUCGGAUCCCGCUGCUGCUGCUGCUGCUGCUGCUGCUGCCGGUGCCGCGCCCGAGUCUGAGGCUGAGGUGCGGAGGCAGGGGUCGCAGCAGGCGAGGCCGGUGGAUGUGUUUGUGGGUACGCCGGCGAAGAUGCUGGAGCUGUCGCGCGGGCGGGGAUGGAAUUGGGAGGAGCGAGAUCAGAAGAAGAGGGCCGAGAGGGGGCUGGUGGAGGAGGACGGGGAGGAAGGGGCGACGCAGCGCAAGUAUUACGCCGAGAAGCCGGAGGUCGGCCUCAAGAACGUGGAGUGGGUCGUGGUCGACGAGGCGGAUGUGCUGUUCGACCCCGACUUUCAGGAAUCCACUCGCCGCCUGCUCGCAGACAUCAGCGCUGCCCGCGGCGUUCCCGUCUCGUUUACCCCUGGCCAGCCUCUCCUCCCGGAUCCCAACACCAACGCCCAUGCCGCGAAGGGCAAGGAUAACUCCAGCUCGAGCACGUCUCUCGAGCCCGUCAGUUACCCGUUCAACUUCGUCCUUACUUCCGCGACCAUUCCUGCUUCACUCGCGGCCUACCUCGACGCCGCGCACCCCGCACUGACGCGCCUCGCCUCGCCAAACCUGCACCACCUCCCGCGCAACCUGCGGACCGAGUACGCAGGCUGGACGGGCGGCAACAAGAACGCGGACAUCGAGCGGCGGCUGCGGCGCGUGUGGUCGGAGGACGCGCUCGCGUGCUACAAGAAGCAGCACCAGGUGCACCUCAGCAAGGUGCUCGUGUUCUGCAACAAGCGGAGCCGGGUGCAGGAGCUCGCGGAGUAUCUGGAGGAAAAGGGGAUCAAGAGCGUCGCGCUGACGGGUGUGGCGGACGGCCGGCGGCUCGGGAAUAAUCACCAUCUCGACGGGUUCAUGCGCGUUAAGCAGGCGUCUGCCCAGGAUGACGCUGCGUCUUCAUCUGCCCCUGCUGCUGCUGUUGCUGCUUCCGAGGCGUCUUCGACCCCAGCCUCGUCCGCGGACGUCAAGGUGACACCACACGUGAUGAUCACGACGUCGCUCCUCUCGCGCGGGCUCGACUUCGCGCCGGACGUGCGGCACGUGUUCAUCGUCGACGAGCCGCGCAAUAUGAUCGACUUUCUGCACCGCGCGGGGCGCUCCGGGCGCGCGGGCGAGGCCGGGCGCGUUGUCAUCUUCAACAAGACGCAGGGGCGCGGGUCGGGGCGGGCGGGGCAGGUUAGGAAGCGGGUCGGGGCUGUUGCUGCGUAGGACGCGGGGGAUGGAGUGCAGGUUGGUGUAGCGCUCGUGGAGGGAUCAUCGGGGUACAGUAUACUGUAGCGCUCGUAUGUUACAUACGAUAUUGUAACUAGUACGGUAUUAUGUUCGCUUCAGCCUUUGGUUGAUCGGAUAAUUAAUAGCAUUGCUCAC